UGUAUGCUGCGCCCUGCGUAUGGGUGUACCAAGAUGGCCGCGCACAGCGCUCUGCUUCCGGUUACCCUCUUCCCUCUGACACUGCCGCUAACCUUGAGUUCUCCGAACUGGUUGCCGGGGAAAGAUGGCCAAAUACUUGGCACAGAUUGUGGUGAUGGGGGCGCAGGUGGUGGGGAGAGCUUUUGCACGCGCCCUGCGUCAGGAAUUUGCGGCAAGCAGGGCAGCUGCUGAAGCUAGAGGCGGUCGAGCCGGGAAGGAAUCUGCAGCCGCCAGCAGCUUGUCUGGCAUAAGCAUCCAGGAAGCCCAGCAGAUACUGAACAUCUCCAAGAUGACGCCUGAAGAGAUCCAAAAGAACUACGAUCACCUUUUCAAAGUAAACGACAAAUCCGUCGGUGGAUCCUUCUACCUGCAGUCAAAGGUGGUUCGAGCCAAGGAGCGACUGGACCAAGAGAUACUUAUUCAGACAAAAGCACAACAAUCGAAAGAGCAAUCUAAAGAGACGUGACCCUGAUUUCAUCGUUGUCUUGCACCGUUAAAUCUUAUACUUCUGGCGAAAGCAACCUGCAUCUCUCCGGUCUAAUAAGCUACAGCUGCCAUGAUGCUCUUACAGACACUUGUUAGCGGUGGGUCAUGGGAGUUGUAGUUUAUCCUCGGCUGGAUAGUUGCAGGAUUUUUUUUUUUGUCUUGAAGGCCAACAACCCGUCACAGAACAUCGUCACAGCCCAUCGGGAGUAUGAAAUAGGCCAGUCUGGCAGCAAACUAGAUGCACAUUGUAAUUUAUAGCUGCAACAAUAAAGAUUCAUUAUUGUUUUGUUUAA